GAGAGCGCGAGCGCUGCCACGAGCCUCACUAACUGCUCCACUCUCCUCGCGCACCCUCGGCUAACGUUCCCGUCAGAAGCGAACUCUGGAUACCGCUCCGCUCCCCGCUGUGUGCACCAUGGCGUCUAAAUCUCACCCUCCUCUAAUGAAGAAGCACAGUCAGACGGACUUGAUAAGCCGCCUGAAGAGCCGGAAGAUCCUUGGAGUUGGUGGCGAAGACGAUGAUGGCGAAGUGCACCGCUCAAAGAUCAGUCAGAUGCUCGGAAAUGAGUUGAAGUUUGCGGUGCGAGAGCCCAUCGGGCUGAGGAUGUGGAUACUCAUCUCUGCUGUGGGAUUCACACUGAUGGCCAUAAUGGCUCUGGUGUUUCCCAACCAGCUCUAUGAGCUUGUUUUUGAGGAGGAGCUCUCCACGACAAGCAUCUCUGUACGCCUUUAUGGAGCAGCCUUACUCAGCCUGGCACUCAUUAUGUGGAAUGGUCUCUACACAGCAGAAAAGGUCAUCAUCCAGUGGACUCUGCUCACUGAAGCCUGCUUCUUUGCUGUCCAGUUCCUAGUGACAUCCAUCACCUUAGUGGAGAUCGGCAUCCUGCCCAACGCCGCCAUGCUCCUGCUCCUCAGUCGGGUGCUGUUCUGUGUCGUCUCCAUGGCUUACUACUACCACCUGGGCCGCAAGCCAAAGAAGAUCUGAGCUGACCAGCUGACACUUCAGGGAGAGGACGUUUGAGCACAGAUCACAAACAUGGGGGUCAGAAGGUUUGGGUUUUAAUUUGAAUGGGGCUCGGGGCAUUGCUUUGAUAGGAAAUGCCUCCUGCCCCCCCUUCCAUGGGACCUCAGCUAACAUAACCCCCCAGUAUUUAACAGAUGAGCACAGUGUUGCGUUGCUGACUCUACCAGAACAGGAAACCUCAUAAUGACUCUUAAAUGG